CGUAUCAUCUGUAUCAGCGCGUGGCUGCGUCGUCUUGUUUGCAUGGCGUGGCAGCCCGACGAGGCUGGAUUGACACAGAUUCUACAACUUCUCAAAGAAAGUCAAAGUCCGGUUACUGAAGUCCAGCGAGCAGUGCAGCAGAAAUUAGAGUCAUUGAACCAGUAUCCCGACUUCAACAACUACCUAGUGUACGUCCUGACGAAACUUAAGAGCGAAGACGAGCCGACACGUUCUCUGUCGGGUCUUAUACUGAAGAACAACGUCAAGUCGUAUUAUCAGGCUUUUCCCGAAGAGGUGAAGGGGUAUGUGAAGUCUGAAUGCCUCUCUGCAAUAGGCGACCCUUCGCCACUGAUAAGAGCUACCGUUGGUAUUCUGGUGACGACCAUCGUGCAGAAAGGAAAGCUCAUCAGCUGGCCGGACCUGCUUCCUCUUCUCUGUCAUCUCUUGGACAGUGGAGACUACACUGUUUGUGAGGGAGCAUUUGGAGCAUUGCAGAAGAUAUGUGAGGACUCUGCAGAUCAGCUCGAUAGCGAUGCUCUCAAUAGACCUCUGAACACACUUAUUCCCAAGUUCUUGGCUUUUUUCAAGCAUGCGAGUGCAAAGAUCAGAUCACAUGCGAUUGCGUGCGUCAACCAGUUCAUCAUCACCAGAACGCAAGCAUUAAUGGUUCACAUUACUUCUUUCAUUGAGAAUCUGUUUGCUCUGUCGGGAGACGAAGAUGCCGAGGUUCGAAAGAACGUCUGUCGGGCGGUGGUCAUGUUACUCGAAGUUCGAGUGGAUGUGCUCAUGCCACACAUCCACAACAUCGUUGAGUACAUGCUGUUGAGAACUCAGGAUACCGAUGAACACGUUUCCUUGGAGGCGUGUGAGUUCUGGCUGACUAUUGCUGAGAUGCCGGUUUGCAAGGAGGUCCUUGCCCCUCAUCUGCCAUCGCUGGUACCGGUUUUGGUGCGUGGAAUGCGAUACUCAGAACUUGAUAUCGUUCUGAUGAAGGCGGAGGUUGAGGAUGAAACGGUUCCUGAUAGGCCAGAAGAUAUGAAACCAAGGUUCCACAAGCCGAAGACGCAUCUACAUCCACACAUUGAAAAGGAACAAGAAGAAGACUUCGACGAUGAUGAUGACACGGAUGUCUUGUCAGAUUGGAACCUGAGGAAGUGUUCAGCCGCUGCUCUUGACAUGCUAGCCAGUGUGUUCCGUGAUGACAUGUUGCCAACACUCCUCCCCAUUCUGAAAGAGAUUCUUUUUGAUCCUGACUGGAUAGCGAAAGAGUCAGGAAUCCUUGUGCUAGGAGCCGUAGCAGAAGGUUGUUACACUGGGAUUGUGCCUCAUCUGCAGGAACUGAUUCCUUUCUUGAUUGCAUCAUUAGCCGAGAAACGAGCUCUUAUUCGUUCCAUCACUUGUUGGACACUGAGUCGAUACUCUCACUGGAUAGUUAGUCAACCACACGAGUUAUACUUGCAGAAACUAAUGGAGGAGUUGCUGAAGAGAAUACUGGACAGCAACAAGAGAGUCCAGGAAGCGGCGUGCAGUGCAUUUGCCACUUUGGAGGAGGAAGCUUGCACUGAGUUGGUUCCCUAUCUUUCGUAUAUCUUGCAGACACUUGUCUUUGCUUUCAAGAAGUACCAGCACAAGAAUCUAUUGAUCUUAUACGAUGCGAUCGGCACUCUGGCUGACUCAGUUGGAAAUCAUCUUAACCAACCAGAAUAUAUUGAGCUAUUGAUGCCACCGUUAAUCGAGAAAUGGAAUAACCUGCAAGAUGAAGACAAAGAUCUCUUUCCUCUCCUAGAGUGUUUAUCAUCAGUAGCAACUGCUCUUCAGGGUGGGUUUUUGCCUUAUGCAACUCCUGUGUUUCGUCGUUGUGUCAGCUUGGUUGAGAAGAACCUUACUCAAUCGAUUGUAUCUGUGAGCAACCCAGACCAUUAUGAUCCUCCAGAGAAGGACUUCAUGAUUGUAGCUCUUGAUUUGCUUAGUGGAUUAGCUGAAGGGUUAGAGGGUGCCAUCGAGAGCUUGGUAACGGAGAGCAAUAUUCUGGAACUUCUCUAUCGUUGUGUUCAGGAUCCCAUGGCAGAAGUUAGGCAGAGCUCAUUUGCUCUACUUGGUGACUUAACGAAGGCCUGCUUUCCUCAUGUCAAACCAGUAGCAGAUCGGUUUGUGCCCGUGUUAGCGCGGAAUCUCAACCCAGAGUUCAUUUCAGUGUGCAACAAUGCAACGUGGGCAAUUGGCGAAGUCGCCAUUCAAAUGCGUGAGGACAUGACUCAAUACAUUUCGAUUGUAAUUCCUCACUUGGUUGCCAUCAUUAACCGACAAAAUACACCCAAGACUCUGCUGGAGAACACGGCGAUCACUAUUGGACGGCUUGGUCUGGUGUGUCCGAAUGAAGUAGCACAGCAUCUCCAACAGUUUAUCAGGCCGUGGUGUACGUCACUGAGGAACAUCAGAGAUAAUGAAGAGAAGGAUUCUGCGUUUCGUGGUGUCUGUGCCAUGAUUGUUGUCAAUCCUAGCGGAGUGGUCCAGGACUUCAUAUUUUUCUGCGAUGCCGUGGCAUCAUGGGUAGAACCCAAGCAAGAUCUAAAAGAAAUGUUUUUCAAGAUUUUGCAUGGGUUCAAGAAUCAAGUUGGUGAAGACAACUGGAAGUGUUUCUCUGAUCAGUUUCCUCCACUGUUACGAGAAACGUUGACGUCUCAGUAUGGUGUGUGAUAAGAAUGAAAGGGAGGGCAGGGAAUAGGUCACUAGCAUUAUUUUGUUGCGUUUCACUUAUUCUGGAAUCGUGAUUGCCGCGCAUUUCAUUGGGAUGAAGUCUGGCGUUUCAGGCGUGGGUGGGACUUUUACGGGGAUCAGCAGCCGUGAUCAUGUCAGUCAGCGUCUGUCACAAUAGUCGGCUGUGUUGUCUCGUCCAAUCUGUCCUAGUCAAGCAUGGCAGCAACAGGUGGUGGUGUUUAUCAGUGUCAGCUGUUCAUCUCUCGUUGCAUCCUCGACUGUUAUUGGUGUGUGCAAGUGUCAUUGUCAUAUACCCGUAUCUAUAUGCUUUGGAGGGCGUCUGUGUGCUAGCUGGAUGAUGUGCGAAGCGUGAUUGCAUCAGUGUGAGCGUGCGUCUUCAACAUUUAAAUGGUUAUCAGAUUGUCUUGUACGCAUCAGUGGUGUGUGAGAAGAGGUUUGCUGUCGAAAUUGUGUCUCUCCAUUAUGUGGCGUGGAGUGCUUGUGUUCUGUGAGCCAAGCGAGUGUUAUCCUUCGUUCAGUCAGCAGUUCGGUUUCUUGGCGUUCGUCAACUGUAGGUGCAUAUUGUGAUAGAGUUCUGCUGUUGUGUGACAUGCAUGGAAUAGACGUUACUUCUGUUCGUUUUAAUUAGUAGGGUAACUGUUCAGAGUUUAUUUACGGAUGGUCGUUUGUAGCAGAUGUUAGUGUACUCCCAGAUUGUUUUAUUUUCAUUUGGCUUGGCUUGGCUUUUUUUACGAUAUCAAUGUCAUUCGGUCCUGGUAAUGUUUUAUCUAGAGUUGUGUCGCAUUUGUAAGGAGCGCGCUGUCAGUGUGCUGAAUAAUUAUUGGUUUAUACUGCA